AUGCGUCUCUUGACUGGAUUGACUUUUGUGCUCGCAAGUAUUACUUUUGUCCAAUGUCAACUUAUUGUUCCACAACUGAACAGUUUAAAUUUAUUGAACUCUUUACGCCCACAAAUACAGAACUUUCUUGAUAAACUCGAAGACAUUCUUCCACAAUUUCUUGGCACAAUCUCAUCAGUGGAAUUGCAAACUCUCAAAGACAAGCUCAUUCAAGUUGUUUUAGGUCAACUCGGAGGAAAUCUUAAUUUCAAUACACUUAAAGAUAAAUUACGACCUGUACUCCAAGAAUUCCUUAACACAAAACCACAAAUUCGUUUGGAUUUCGAUGCCCUUCUCAAUCAUGUUUCUAGCGCAGCACUUACUGAGUUACCAGCUAUAAUCCUUAACUUACUUGGUGGUAAACGUGAAGUCACUGAGACUCGUUUUAGUUUGGAUGAUGUUCUUGCACUUGCCGAUAAACUUCCAUUGAGUACAUAUCUUUCACAAAUCCAACAAUUCUUGAGUAGCGAUCAGUUACAACAAUUACAAAAUCAAUUUUUAUCCACCGUAUUAGCUGCUGUGGGUAACGAAUGGGAUAUUGCUCCCCUCGCUCAAGCUCUUCAAGAACUUUUUACUCAAUUCGUACCAGAAACUGCUCAAAUGCGUGUCGAUUGGGGUCACCUUGCUCAACAAGCCAUCAAUGGUCUUGCUUCUGCAGCCCCGAGUAUUAUUGCUACUGCUUUAGGUCUUAUCGGUAAACGAGAAGUUCGUGUCAAUUAUCAAGAAUUGUUAAGUCAAUUAUCAAUUGACAAAUUGGCUCAAAUUUUCGAAGUCAUUAAUAGUGUUGAUAAAAGCAAAGUUUUUGCUCAACUCAGAAAACUUCUUCAAAACUUCUUCCAAAGUUAUCUCGGCCGUGUGAAUUUCGAUGAAAUGGCUGCCUCAUUAAUGAAUCAAUUAAACGGUCUUUUGCCUGCUCUCAGUCAAUCGCUUUUCUCUAUGAUAGGUUAA